GAUAUUUUUACAAUGAAUGUUGUGAUUGCGACAAAAAGGCCGUGAUCGAUUGGCCGGUCACCAUUGCUAAUGACGAUGAAAAGUUUUCAAGAGGCGAUUUUAUUCUUCAUAAAAUAUGUUUUUACGUUGAUGUGAAUUCAUACCAAUGAAGGAAUUUCUGUAUCGGGGAAUAUAGACUACCAUAUCUUAGCACUCUCACGGCUAUCAACAAGUUACUGGACAAAAUAUUUCACGUUUAUAAAAGUUUGUAUCAUGUCCUUACGUUCACACUAAACACAAGAAAUACAAAUGGAGAAACAUAGUAUUAAUUAUAGUUUAAAAUACAAUGUAAUUUUUUUGCGAUAUUGUCCUGACUUUAACGUACAUUCAGAUAGAUUUUUUGGAUUUUCGAACAUAGAUAUGUUGUGCACAGUGAUAAAGUCAACUUGGCGAUAAGGCUGUUCUGCGAUAUUCUACUAAGUUGUUUACUAAAUUCCCACACACCUUAAAAUCACUAAACAAUACAACAUACAACUCUGCCGUGUCACACCGGAAUCCACUGAUACAUAAAACUGGAUUUGACUCAUUCAGUCUUCACUCUGCUGCCUGUCACGUCGAUGAAAAUGUUUUUCGGAAAAUUGUAUCCAAUUUCUUUGAUCUACAUUUGUUUUAUUUUGUCCGAACUGGCUUCUUGGGGUAGUAAAUUGAAAUAAGAUAGAGGGAGAACAAGAUAAUAGACCAGCGAAUUAGCUGGCAGUUAAUUAGCUUGUAGAAUGAAAUCUCAACGACUGGUGGAUUAUAUUUCGCUGUCUUGUACUCGAGAUCAAAUAGGUAGUAGCGUCUGUAAUACGUGGUCCCAGAGAAUAUGCAAAAAAAAUAGAAUUUUUCCUAUGGAACUGCCCCCUGCUAUAUAUCCAACGUACUUCUGACUCAGUUGACAUUAUGUUUUCCUGUGCGGUGCCGAGAAGUCCCGCACGUUUUUUAUUUCCUAAAAAAAAUAUUUUAAACGAACAUCCAUUAAGAUCGCGAAAAAAGAGGAUGGACAGCAACGGCGAGUAUCACAGAGACGGGAAGCGUCGAAGAAAGAAUCGAGAGGACGACACUGUUGAGGGGUUGAGAGCUUCUCCUCUUAUAUUGUAAUCCUUUCGUGGAAUAUGAACAUAUUGACAGAGAUCACUGGGGAACACAUUGAUACGAAGCCUACAGUUUUCGGGGAUCCAUUGUUUCAAAUCUAGCAACAAAUAGCCAUGAGCCGCCGAAGUUGCAUCAAAAUAGGCUUCGUGCAGACAUUUUGGAUCCUCUGGAUAUAUUUGGUGAGCCAAAUGAACAAUUUGCGCACGAUCCCUGGGAUUUUUAAAUACGACGAUGUAAUUUGUAUUCAGUGAUAUGUCUCUCUGAUCUUUUCACUGUAGUCAUUAAUUGGAAUUGGUGGAAUAAAUUGUGAGAUAUAAACGUGACACUGUGGUUUUUAUGACGAUGUCCUUUCGUAAAUAAAUCAACUAUUACACCACUCGAGGAUUCACGCAUAAAAUCGUGCAGGAGCCCCAAUUUUGGUUUAUUAUCAUCAACAUCUCCAGAUUUGGGUAGACCUUCACGAAAUUCAAAUGUUUUCCAUAACCCGUGGAACCGCCAAUCAUUGUAGAAAAGGGAUCUUUCCACCUCGCGUCCAUAUUGCCUUCUGAUUAAUUCUUUUCAAAACCUCAUCAUUUUAUACAAUUUAUGAUAUCAAAAAAAUAUCUUGUAUUUGGAAAUUGUGGAAGGACAAUGCGCGUAGGCGGAGUAGGUAAAAAGGUGAAGAUGUGCAGUAACCUCGUGUGGCGCCAAUAGUCAACCCCUUGACUUUUCCCAAUAUAGCUCGAAACGAUUUAGCGGGGUCCAGUGGUCCCUCUGAAGGAAAUACUGCACCUCCAGAGGAUCAUUUUGAUUAGAUAGAUAAUUUUGAUCUUCAAUUAUUCGCUGACUAUUCCCUUGAAAAUAAUUUUCAUAGAGGUUUAUUUGCAAAUUUCUAGUCUGAGCUCUUUAAUAUUCAAUAUGGUGGUGGGGAAGAUGUGAUAAGUGAUCCUAAGGCUUUAGAAACUGUUGAAGAGUUCAAUCUAGAUUCACUAGAGCAACAGAAUGGUGAGUCUCUAAUUUUGUACCACUUAUAAUAACGAGAAAAAAUUUUUUGCCGACAUAUUUUUUACAUUGAAUAAACAAUCAACUCAAUUUCAGAUGAACAAAAUGGCCGUGAUGAAAAGAUCGAAGCUCUACCGUCAGCCUUGAGGACCAUACCACGAUCGAGCCAGAAACUUCCACGUUUCAAACUCUGCACACAUGUGAUGGAGUUUGCAAUCAACCAUUUACCUAACGGACGUAAUCCUAUCGACUGGUUUCAAGAAGCGUUUCGCGACGUGUAUAAUAAAAUUAUGGGGGCUGGAGGACGCGGUAUGACUCGAAUGUGCCUUACAUUCAAUUUUCCAAAUAUGCCAAGAAACAAUACCUGGAUAAGCCUCCGUGCGAUCAACGGUUAUGAGUUUUGAGAUUUAUGUAAUUUUGUGAGCUCACAAGACACAUUUUGGAUCAAACUUCAUGUGGGUGUAGCCCUGGUACGUCAAGGAGGUUUUCUUGAGAACGAUAUUAAAAGAGGGUUGAGUAGAAAAAGUAUUCUUCACCUUUUGAAUGAAGAUGGUUUGUGCCUAGCCCGAUCACUUAUUGCGGCCAACGCACAGGCCAAAAAAUUAAAAACUAGAUCGGAUAAGGAUAAGAUACGGCCAUGCAAGGAUAGAAUGAAGCCUGAGGAGGCCAAAAGACUCACUCGAAUGGCAAGAGUCAUUGCUCCUGACGAGGGCUGUGGUCUACAAGAAGUCGCUCAAUAUCAACGAUACUUGGCUGAAGAAGGAUGCCUUAUCACGGUUUAUUCCCUCAAGAAAAAUGGAAAAGAUCACCCGGUACUCUGCGAUGGUAUACCUGAAAUAAUUAACAGAAAAAUACCGGUUCGAAAUACCCAGCCGAUUGGGUGUUAUCCUGAAGACGUAAAUGGUGAGCGAGUGAAAAGGAUACUCAAUGCCGAUGACGCCACAGCUGAAGAAUUUCCGUCAAAUGCCUUCAUUCGUUCUGUGUACAUCCGGAAUGGCUUACACUAUCCUUCCCAUUGUAGUGGAUCACUUGUUACCCCUUCUCAUAUUCUUACUGUUGCGCACUGUACAGUAUAUCUCAAUCAAUCUGAGAACUUUGUUUACUACAGAGUUGCUAAUGAAAUCGUCGUUAAAGUAGGGAUGAAUAGUGCGCAGGAUGCAGUCUACCAGUACAGUGUAAAGCGAAUAUAUAGACACGAAAAACAUCACGCGCUUAUCAUAAACAAUCCUUGGGUCACUUACGACAUAGCCAUUCUUGAGUUACACGAACAUGUAGAUCUAGGUCCUACACAACAAAUUAUAAAUUUGCCAUGCUACCAGCCAGACCUGGGUGAUCAAGGUACACUGGUGGCAUCAGGACGCACAUCUCUCGAUUCCCCAUUAAUGGGAAAAUUGACAAAAGCUGUAUUUAAAGUAGUAGAGUGCGAUGAUUGGGUGGUAUUUGGUAUAAUUUGCAUCUGGAGCGAAACCGCCAAAGUGAUGCCAGGUGAUAGCGGUUCCGCAUUCAUAAUCAACAAUAGAAUUUUUGGAAUAGCGGCGGCAGUACCAUUCAAGAGGAACUAUUAUAUUCUAACGGAUGUCUUUCACUAUUUCGAUUGGAUCGUGAACAUUAUUGGCCUACCGGAUGAAUUUGACUUCCUGAGUGGGGUUUACUGACGAGUGGGGAUGUAUACAAUAAAACGAAUGUCUGUCAAAAUGCAUUCACAAUUUGUAGAGAUGAAUUGGAAAUCCAGAAACCCUUUUGUUUCUUCAUAAAUCAGUAUAUUAAAUGUUAAACAACAGUUCCGUAUGGAUGAACAAAAAUCGUUGUAGCUAACCUUGUUCAUACGGAGUCGAGAAUCUAGAAUUAAAUUCAUCUUAUAGUAUAGCUUGACAGAGACAGUGACGUGAAAGAAUCCGCGACAAGAACCUCGGGUUUCCAUCAACUAUUGUUUUUCAUCAUGGAGAAUCUCAAAAAAUAUGAUGGUUUUUAGAUCUUGUCUGCCCAGAUGAGGGUUUCCAAGCUUGGACGAUAGGCUCAAACUUGGUCCAACCUCGGUUACCAAGCCUCGGGAUUCCUAGUUUUGACCACGGUUGAACCUAUGGUAAUUCCUAGGUAAAACCAAAUUUGGCGAUUCCUUGUGAAUUAAAGCUUGGCUACCAAGGCAAUUCCUAUCUUGAUCCAAGCUUGAGUCUGCGAGCUUGAAUUGAUAAGUUUAAACCGAGCUCGGGCCAAUAUAUUGUGAAAUAAAUAGUUUAUAUUACAUAAAGAUAUAAAUCCAUAUUUUUUGUAAAUAAAUAUAUUAUUUAUUUA